UAUAGCCACCACAAAUUCUUCUAUUCUUCUUCAUCCCUCACAAAAUCCAUAACGCAAUUUGAUACUAUGAAUUCAUAUUGUAACUAACUUUUUGCAUUUCAUUUCAGCUAUGAUUCUAAACCUCUCUACUCCUUCAUUCUCUCCUUCACUUCCUCACCCUUCUUUCAAAAUCUCUGAAACUUGUUCUAACCGCAACAACCCUCUUCUCAUUUUCGCCACUUCCUCGCUUCACAAACCAUCCAAAUUCAUCAACCUCAAAGCUUCCGUUAGCCAAAAUGAAACCUCCAACUCCAACAACCUAUUGGAUCAACAGCUUCUUCACCGAAUCGCCGCCACCGCCAAAGACGCCGACGAAGCAUUGGAGUUAAUCGCCGAUUACUCUUCCGAUAAUUCCGGCGUCGUUUCUGCCUCUGAUUGUUGCUCUAUUAUUUCCGCCUCGCUUGAACGGAAUAAUCACCAACUCGCUUUGUCCGUUUUCUACUCCAUGCGCUCCACUUUUCAUCAAGUUGAUGAGAAAGGUCCUUUAGUGGAGAGAUGGAAGUGGUCGAGGCCGAAUGCACGUGUUUAUACAAUGUUGAUUCAGGGUUUGGCUGCAUCUUUGAGGGUUUCAGAUGCUCUUAGUGUGGUUAAGUAUAUCUGUGAGGUGGGAGUGUCUCCUUCUGAAGAGGUUCCUUUUGGGAAGAUAGUGAGGUGUCCUAGUUGUCGGAUAGCUGUUGCAGUUGCACAGCCACAGCAAGGUAUUCAGAUAGUAUCUUGUGCAAAGUGUCGCUACCAAUAUGAACUUGUUUCAGGAAACAUAGUCAGUAUUCAAUCAGAAGAAAUCAGCAUGGACAUUACAGCAUGGGAAAAGGGGUUAAGAUUCCUGAAACUGAUGAAGCAGAGCAUUCCUUCUGCUGUUCACUCUAUUGUGGUGGAGACCCCUUCAGGCAUGGCUCGCACUCACAGAUUUGCAACUGAGACAGUUGAUCUACCAGCACAAGAAGGCGAAAGGGUUACUGUUGCUGUGGCAGCUCCAUCAAAUGCAUAUAGAAAUCUAGGCCCCUUUAAAUUAAGUUCAAGGGCACCGAAUUUCUAUCCUGGUGAGGCUAUGUGCAUAACAAACCACAAAGAUGGACGGGAAUCACGUCUUGUACGAGCCCCUAAGAAAGAUGAAAAUUCAUCAUUACUUAAACCAUCCAUCCUCUUUCCGCUUCUUGCUUUGUUUGCCACCGGCGAUGCUGCCUCUGGAUUUAUUGAUCCCAGUCUGCCUCAAUUCAUAUCGGUUGUUGCAGUUUCAUCUCUUGCUGUUGGCUCUGCUUUGAAUUCCUUUGUUAUCCCCCAGCUUAAUCAGCUGCCGCAAAGAUCAGUGGAAGUAGUUGCUAUCAAACAACGUCUUUUAUCUCAAUAUGACGUACUUCAGUCUCGCAUCAAUGACUUAAAAGGAGCUGCUGAAAAAGAGGUUUGGAUUUUAGCCAGGAUGUGCCAACUUGAAAAUAAAAUUUCUGCUGUUGGAGAACCUUCUUAUCGGACUCGAAUAAGUAAAGUCAAAAGGGUCCGAGAGAGCUUGCAGAACUCCCUUCGGGGACGAAUUGAAUUGAUUGCUAGCUUUGCUAGGAUUUCCUCAAUGAUUGAAAUUGAAGUGGAGAUGGAAACUGAUGUUCUUGCUGCUGAAACUACUGGUGAUGUGGAUGGUUUCACAGAACAGAUAGAGCAACUCAUGGAGCUUGAAAAUUUAGAGGAGAGAUGGAAAAUGCAAGCAGAAGCAAAUGACGAGGCCGAAAGACUUCUUAGCUCCCAGCCCCUGCCCUUGGACGAAGUUUAAAGAUUUAUGGAUGUAUCUGGUUCAGGCCGCAACAUCAUCAGUUCAAGCCUCACUUCCCUGUUCAAUGUUCUGUCUUGACUGAGCAAAAAGAGCACAGCUUCCUGUCACAUGUAUCUUUUUAGCAGGCAAAUUUUGAAAUUUUUUUAUGUUAGAACAAUCACAUUCAUCAUGUCUCCAGCCUUGUAUAUGAUCAUAAAUAUGACACCAUGUUGUAAAUCCGCUGUUAGUCAUCUUGGUACUGUUUUUGUUAAGUAUUAUAUUGUUAAGUUAUACUAUAUAUUUAUAUUAUGUGAAUUUAACAUUAAUCCAUUA